UCAGUCUCCAAUGGCCAAUUCCAAGUCAGGGAAUAAUAUGGAAGUGAGGGAGGGAAGGCAGGAAGAAAUGAGAGAUCGUGUUAAGAGUGAGACAGUGAGGGGGGGGGCAUGGAUGGAGGGAGGAGGGGUUUAAUCCUGCCUGGAUUAUGGUAUAAACUGGUUGUGAGGAGCAAGAGAGAGGAAGUCCCAACAGUCCUCCCUCCAUUCCUCCAUCACUCCAUCCCAGACUGUUUUCAUUUCUCUUGCUCAUUGAUUUUUGGACCCCAUCAGGAUGUGGGGUUAAAAAAAAAAUGUUUGUGGAAGAAGAGAACAGAAAAGUGAUGGAAUGAUAGGAAGAGUUGUGUGCUGAGAUGUGACCUCAUCGAGAAUAUUAUGGGAUUAUUUUUUUCAUUCAUAUGGACGUUUUUUGGGGGGCGAUGAUGUCACGGAUGUCUCUUUUGCAGCUCCCGAGAAGGUUUGGGACCUUUUGGCGGCCGUCUGCGUGUCACACCGUGGAUCGUUUUGUGUUCGUCGCACCUGUUCUGGCUCUCCGGAUUUGAGCGGAACUGAUGUUUUGGAUCCGAGCUGUUUUGUAGAGAGGGCUUCUUCCAAGAAGAGAUGGAGACAAACGCCGGCGAUGCCGGACAGCGGCAGAGAAAUGGGCCACGGCGAACGAGGCUGACGAUGCUCCCGUGGAUUAUUCUGUGCUGCUCGCUGUGGCUGACGGUCGACGGCCAGAUGAAGAUCUCACCGGAGAUCGUGCAGAAGUGGGCCGAAUCAUUCGGCAAAGAGAUUGCGUCCCUCUCCGCCAAAUACUCCGGAGCUGAAUUACUGCAAAAAAAAUAUAAAGACGUGGAGGGCGGGUUGAAGAUGGAGGAGGUCGACGGCGAGGAGCUGGUCAAGACGUUUGCGGAGGAGAUGGAGAAGAUGCUUGGGAGGAAGAUGAAAUCCGUGAAGAGGUUAGCGGAAGCAGCCGAGGAUGCUGAUCUUUAUCAUGAGUACAACGACACACUGGAGUUUGAGUACUACAACUCGAUGCUGAUCAACACGGUGGACGAGGACGGCAACCCACUGCCGCUUGGAGGGGACUUCCCGCUGGAGAAGAACGAACACUUCAGCAAACUGCCGGUCAACACGCAGCAGAGUAACAUCCAAGUGCCCACCAACGUCUACAACAGAGAUACAGACAUCCUCAACGGUGCAUACAUGUCGGAGGCUCUCAACGACGUCUUUAUGGACAACUUCCAGAAGGACCCCACCCUCACCUGGCAGUACUUUGGCAGCUCCUCCGGCUUCUUCAGACUGUACCCGGGGAUCCAGUGGACCCCGGACGAGAACGGGGUCGUCACCUUCGAUUGCAGGAACAGGAACUGGUAUAUCCAAGCGGCCACCUCCCCGAAAGACGUCGUCAUUGUGGUGGAUGUGAGCGGCAGCAUGAAGGGGCUCCGGCUCACCAUCGCCAAGCACACCAUCAACACAAUCCUGGACACGCUGGGAGAGAAUGACUUUGUCAACAUCAUCGCUUACAGCGACUACGUUCGAUACUUGGAACCGUGCUUCAAGGGAAUUCUGGUCCAAGCCGAUCUGGAUAACAGAGAGCACUUCAAGCUCCUGAUCGACGGGCUGCACGUCAAAGGAGAAGGCAAAGUGAAGAAGGCGAUGAAAGAGUCAUUCAAGAUCCUCAACGAGGCUGCGGCGGUGGGUCAGGGCAGUCUGUGCAACCAGGCCAUCAUGCUGAUUACAGACGGCGCUAUGGAGGACUUCCAGGAUGUUUUUGAAGAGUUCAACUGGCCGGAACGGCGGGUUCGAGUCUUCACAUAUCUCAUCGGACGUGAAAUGACAUUCGCGGAAAAUGUCAAAUGGAUUGCCUGCAAUAAUAAGGGCUAUUACACACAUAUUUCCACACUGGCUGACGUCCAAGAAAACGUCAUGGAGUAUCUGCACGUUCUCAGCCGACCAAUGGUCAUCAACCAUGACCAUGACAUCAUCUGGACGGAAGCCUACAUGGACAGCGUGCUGUUUAACAGUCAAGCCCAGAGUUUGCUUCUGAUGACGUCAGUUGCAAUGCCUGUUUUCAGCAAGAAAAAAGAGACGCUGUCUCAUGGAAUUUUGCUUGGCGUUGUCGGAACUGACGUGGCCCUGAAAGAAUUGAUGAGAUUAGCUCCAAGAUACAAGCUGGGUGUCCACGGUUAUGCCUACCUCAUCACAAACAAUGGCUACAUCUUGUCUCAUCCGGAUCUCCGUCCUCUGUACAAGGAAGGGAAAAAGCUGAAGCCCAAACCCAACUACAACAGCGUCGACUUGUCCGAGGUGGAAUGGGAAGACACUGAGGAGAAGCUCAGGACGGCCAUGGUCAAAGGAGAAACCGGUACCUUGUCCUUAGAUUCGAGGACCUCAGUGGAUAAGGGAAAACGAGUGAUGUUCCUCAAGAAUGAUUACUUCUUCACCAGCAUCAACGAGACACCUUUCAGUCUUGGUAUAGUGCUGACAAGAGGACAUGGGCAGUAUAUAUUCAUUGGAAAUGUCUCUGUUGAAGAAGGCCUUCAUGAUUUGCUGGCUCCCGAUUUGACCAUAGCCAGUGAAUGGACCUACUGUGAGACCGACAUCGACCCAGCGCAUCGUAAACUGAGCCAGCUGCAGGCCGUGGUUCGGUACCUGACAGGCAAAGAACCGGAUCUUGAGUGUGACAUGCAGCUCAUACAGCAAACCUUGUUUGACGCCGUGGUGACAGCUCCCAUGGAAGCUUACUGGACUGCCCUCAUGCUCAACCCAUCUGGUAUGGAUGACGGCAUCGAAACGGCUUUCCUGGGCACGCGCUCCGGCCUGAUGAGAUUCCAGCGUUACACUGGCAUCGAAAAGCGAGUUGGCAUGUCGUUCCUGACAUCCACGGACAAGGAGAACAUGUUCACCCUGGACCACUUCCCACUGUGGUUCCGCAGGGCGGCCGAGUACCCUGCCGGAAAGUUCCUCUACUACAUGCCCCGACAGGAGACCAGAGCCGGGAGGAUCGUGAUCGCGACCACUGCCGCCACUGUGACUGUGGGCAAGAAGACCGCCAUCGCUGGAGCUAUUGGUGUCCAGAUGACUCUGGAGGUGAUGGAAUCCAGAUUUUGGGCCAUCGCAUCACAGCCAAACGACACCGAUUGCUCGGACGCCGAGGGAAUUUGUCCUCUUCGCUGUGACAGCUUCGAUAUGGAGUGCUACGUGAUGGACAAUAACGGCUUCGUCCUCAUUUCCAAACAGCGCGCUGACGCCGGGAGGUUCUUCGGCGAGGUCGACGGCUCCGUCAUGGCGACGCUGAUCCGAAUGGGCAUGUUCAAAAGGGUGUCUCUGUUUGACUACCAGGCGAUGUGUAAGAUGAACGCGCACUCCACCAGCAGCUCCCGGCCACUUCUCAGCUCAUUCUACGCCUUGGCGUCCGCCCUCAAGUGGUUCCUUUCCAACUUCCUGGUGUUUCUCCUUGAGUUUAAUGUUUGUGGAUUCUGGCACACGGAGCACUUUGCAGAUGCCUCCGUGCACAAGAAAAAAGGAGACAUCCUGCAGCCGUGCGACACCGAGUACCCCAGCUUCGCCUACGAGCCGUCGGUCAAAGAGACCAACAGCAUCAUCAAGUGCGGACGCUGCCAGAAGAUGUUUGUGGUGCAGCAGAUCCCGCAGAGCAACCUGCUGAUGUUGGUGGUCCAGGCCGACUGCGACUGCUCCAGACAAUACUCGCCCAUCACCAUGGAGCCCAAAGAAGUCAAAUAUAACUCCUCAGUGAAGUGCGAGCGGAUGCGUUCCCAGAAGAUCCGCAGACGCCCCGAAUCGUGCCACGCUUACCAUCCCCAGGAGAAUGCAAACGACUGUGGCGGCGCAUCCGCCGCAUCUCUCUCUGCCUUCCUCUUCCUCGUUUGUCCUUCCAUCGCCUCAUUUCUCUCCUGAUGGUGACCCCGAUGGUGCCACAAGUGGAUUUAUUUUUAUACAAAGCACAACUAAAUCUUGUCUUUUUUUUUUUUUUUUUUUUGGUUCGCGAGAACCCGAAGAACUGUUCCCUCCCUCGGUCAACUGCUGCAAAUUGGCAGGUGUUGCUAUGGCUACCGCUCCAUUACUUCUGUUCUCUACCUUGCUUCUACAAAUGAAAGGGGGACUAAAGAGAAGCAGGUGGCUGCCAUGAGUCACGCGGAUGAAUUAUGAAUCUCACCAGCGGAUGUAAUGGAGCCCGUAGGGCAGUAAUGAGUUUCUGAUUUACCUUUGUGCGCAAAUGCAUAUGGUAUCGCAUCAUAUGGCAUAGGAAGAGCUUGGAUAUAUGAAAUAAAUGGAGAGACACUGA